UGCUGAUGCGCCUAUGGAGUCUACCAAUCAAAAGCAGGCUUCAGGACAUCCAGCAACACUCCCAACUAGCGAAGAGAGUCAAUGAAUAUUAAUAGAGAAGCCGCACACUUUCAUCUGCACAAAGUUAGCGGCUUAUCAAAGGAGCGAAGGCUGACAAGCGAGCCAGGCUCACGUUGUUUCGACCAUCAGAUCUGAUGUGGACUCCUCGGAUUCCUACGUGGUCCUCGAAGGGACGGGGGUGUUCGGUUAUGACACCGCAUCUGGGGGAUACGUGCGUCUAAUGCGGAACGUGCUCUGCACACUACUUCCUGGACUUAAGCAAUUACUCGCGUUUUUCCCUUUAAAAUGUCAGGACUUCGUCUUUCACGAUGUGCCCAAUGCCAAGCGAGCUGCUUUUGUGAAAGGAGGCAAGAUUGUUACCUUUGUGAUCUAAAGGUUCAGCCCUGUAAAUUGUGACAAAGGCUUGUCAGGACUAAAGCGAAAUAUCAGUAUUCAAGAAUGCGAGCUGUUUCCUUCUAGAAAUUUAACGAACUUUCUUUUUUUCCUUUUUCUUUUUUCGUUUUAUUUCAUUUUGUUUCGAUUGCAUCUCUUUCUUAAAGAGUGCGCCUUGCCACUACCUUCGGCUUAUAUCCAACAACGGAAGAUUUUGAAUAUGACAGUUUAUUAUUGCUAAAGGUCCAUGUGAGACUUGAGGUGAAAACAUGUCUGGCCAUUUCUCCGUGUGGAUCACUGCUGUCCGAGAUGGCAUUUUGGUCCAGCACUCCAGUUUUCACCUCUAAAGUGCCUCGGAAGAUUUUAUUCAUGUUCACCCUCUCGCUCUCUGUCACGUACCUGUUCUACAGCUUGAUGAGCUGCUACAACUCGCUUCAGUUCCCCUUGCAAGAGAACUACUUGUACCAAGCGAGGCUGGUGACAGAGGAGUCAACUUUCACUGUACUAAGAGAGAAACUUUAUUCCGCCACAUCGCAAUCUUAUUUCGGGGAAGACGCGCUGCGCAUCACCACGGAGCAGACCCUGUCUGGAUAUGCUUUCACCAAAAGCGACGGGAGGGCAGCGGAGUGGGUCAAAACCCAGUUGGCUCCCACUGAAAUGAUCACGGCGCAGAAUGCGCUGUUCGAUAGGGAGCACCAAGAGUCGAGCACCACGGACGACGAUCUGAACAGGCGAGGGAAUAGCACCCCCGAUUAUGGAGAGAAAAAGCUGCCCCAAGCCAUAAUAAUUGGCGUCAAGAAAGGAGGCACUCGGGCUCUUUUGGAAGCGUUGCGCGUCCACCCCGAUGUGCGGGCAGUUGGAGUUGAACCUCAUUUUUUUGAUCGAAACUACGAGAAAGGAUUCGAUUGGUACAGGGAUCUGAUGCCCUCAACCCUCGAAGGACAGAUUACCAUGGAAAAAACUCCCAGUUAUUUUGUGACCACGGAAGCUGCAAAGCGAAUUCACUCCAUGGCCCGGGAUAUUAAACUUAUAGUUGUGGUUCGCAAUCCCGUCACCAGGGCUAUUUCAGACUACACCCAAACGUUGUCUAAGAAACCAGAAAUUCCCAGCUUCGAAGUGCUGGCAUUCAAAAACAGGACACUUGGGCUGGUCGAUGCUUCCUGGAGUGCUCUUCGGAUAGGGAUCUAUGCCCUUCAUUUGGAGAGAUGGCUGCAGUAUUUCCCACUUUCCCAAAUGAUUUUUGUCAGUGGAGAAAGGCUUAUCGUUGAUCCGGCAGGGGAACUAGCCAAAGUGCAGGACUUUCUUGGGCUCAAAAGGAUCGUAACGGAUAAGCAUUUCUAUUUCAAUAAGACCAAGGGAUUUCCCUGUUUAAAGAAGCCCGAGGACAGCAGCGCUCCAAGGUGUCUGGGCAAAUCCAAAGGCAGAACUCACCCAAAAAUCGAGCCGGAUGUAAUCCAUCGGCUACAGAAGUUCUACAAACCAUUUAACAUGAUGUUUUACCAAAUGACUGGACAGGAUUUCAAGUGGGAGGAGGAAGAAAACCGAUGAACCAGAGUACUGAUUUUAUGGAAGGCUUACUAAGCAAAAAAACAACAAAAAAAAAAAAAUAUAUAUAUAUAUAUAUAAAUAAAUAAGACAACAAAGCUUCUCAAAAAGUAUGAAAAUUCUUGAAAGUUUGAGUUGCUUUUCAUGACCACCUUAUGAACCCAGUUGUUUCUUUUGAUUUAAUUUUGAUUUAUUUAUUGAUUUAUUUUCAGAUUUGUUUUUAUAAUGUAAUUUUAACUUGUGGUAAUUUCGACGAUGAGAUCUUUGUACUAAAGAAAGAGUGAAUGAAAGUGAAACAAAGGUCCCAUUGUGAAAUCUGACUCAGUUCAAGUGUCCUUAAUACAUGAUCUCUAAUAUUAAAGAGGAUAUCGACCCCCAUGGAUUGCUAUAGUUGGCUUGAUAUUUUAUUUUUGAAUACGUUAAAAAUUCUAUAUUAUUUAAUAUAAGUUGCCAUAAUAUUUAAUGUAAGAUUCUAUUCUGAAUUAUUUUAGUGGUGGUUCUGAGAGGUGGGACAAUCAACUGUAAUUAAAGAUUUUUUUUAUAUAUAAAUCAGUGUAAUGCUGGAACUAUAUUUUUGUUAAAAACUGAGGAUCUAAUUUAAAACCAUUACACCACAAAAUAAAGUUAAUUUCUCAGCUUGUUAGCACCCCAUGUCAUAUUGGUGAAGCGCAGGCACUUAAGGGUUUUGUUUUUAUUUUGUUCCAAACUUGGAAAAAAAUUUGCUUGAAAACUCCAAAGGGUGGCACACAAAUGACACAGGAAAAAAUUAAAAAUAAUAAUAAACU